AUGCUGGCGUUCAUGUUUCUGUACUUGCUAUGCGAGUACAUGGAAAUGAAGAAGUUGGGUUUUAAGUCUUGGCUUAAGGGAGGUUGGACGAUAUUUCUGUUGUUUCAUCUUCUUGUAUUGUUUGGCUUGCUAUCCGCGUUUGCCGCUGUACAAUUCAUUGCGGUUUUGGCCCCCGAAAUUAAGACAGCGGUAGCAGGUGAUGGGUAUUACAACAUUUUGGAAGCGCCCAGCGCGAUCAGCGGAUCGGGAUUUUUCCAGCUGGUCGAUAACUACUACAGUUUGUUCCGUGCAAACGAUGCAGCUCAACAGGCAUGCAUUAUUUUCGGUUCACUCACCGGACUGACAGGGUGCGUUCUGGUAACAAGGUUGAUCCCUGCUACUGCAGGCAUCGGAACCAAGUCUUUGCAAAUGACAUUUCACAAAGUUAAGUUCUACAUAGUGGCUUCGAGCGUAGGAAUGUUGGCCAUCGUCCUCGUCUUCGUCUCUCUUGGAAACAUAUCAUUCGGCGUUGUCACUCGCAGCUUUACCGGCUACUACGAAAGGCAGGCUCACACCACGUUAACCCUAUCGUUAGCACAAGCUUUCGCCUUCGCUCCUAGAUUUACUUCAUUGGAAUAUGACGGACAACAAAAAGGGGGAAUCGACUUAACGACAUCCGCCGCUUUCCUCUUAGGCGGGACACUUGGAAACUACAAUCUCUACACGAUGACAUCUGUCAAUCCUAUACUUGCUGGAAUAUUUUUCGUGCCUCUGUUUUUGGUCUUCUCUGCCUUUGGAUUUACCGUCGUAACUGCAGUUGUGCUGAGGAAGUACGACUUCUGUGCCGAAUCAGUGCAACAAGGCGUCAUCAAGUACAAACUCGGAGGACAGGAUGUCUUUCGUACGCGGUACGAGUGGUUAGUGCACAGCGUGAAAUCGGGCUGCACCGGUUUCUGGAAGGCCGUGACUGGCUGUUGGAAAACUCAAAGGGUGGCGCUCCUUGAUGAGCCCGCUAACCAUGGGCUGGAUGAUGAUAUUGAAGAGGCCAGAAAGCUUAAAGAAAAGAAAAAGGCGAAACGGAGAUUGCGCUUUUUGGGCAAAAAAAAAGGAAAAGAUUUUUACAGGCGUGAACAACAUGAAGAGGAAGAACGAUCGUCAGUCGAGGAAGAUGACAACUCACCCCCCCAAUACCCCCCGUGGGUUUGGAAUGUAAUUGGCAUGGAAGAUCCCCGGAACAAAUACGCAUUUCAGAGUGGAGAUGAACGAGAGUUCUACGUGGACCCAGCAAGCAUAGGCGCAUACUCCAGGACAUACGGGCGUUUCAGCGGAUUUAACGUGGCUGGCGUAACAGACAGGUCGAAUUGGUAUUUCACGCCGGAUAUCCCAUGUACCCACUUGGCAGAAGAUCCUGCCCCCUCUGUUGCUAAGGUAUACGUUCUUGUAAGGAACCAAAUUCAGGAAGAUCACGAAGAUGCUUGGAAGAAGCUCUUUGUAAUCGCGUUCGUGGCCAUCAUAGUCGCUACUGUCAGUUUGCAAGUGAGUUCGAAGGAAAUGCCGAGUCGUCCUCUUGACCCACCACGACUUCCUGGCGGAGAUUACAGCUCUCUUUGCGAAUAA